AUGCCCGCUGCCGGUACGAUACGUGUGAGCUGGGACGGAUGCCGAGCUGUUUUGCAGUAUUCCAUACAAAACCAACGCAUCGCCAGCUUGCCUCUCCUUGCCCCGGAUUAUCCUCCAUCCAAAAAUCAAUCAUCUUGCCAGAUACAUCAUACCACAAUGGCUGAACAGCGCCCCGAGCCUCUCCGUCUGGGAAGCGUUGCCCCCAACUUCAAGGCCGAGACUACCCAAGGCCCCAUUGACUUCCACGAGUUCAUCGGCGACAAUUGGGUCAUCCUCUUCUCGCACCCAGAGGACUACACUCCCGUCUGCACCACUGAACUUGGUGCCUUCGCAAAGCUCGAGCCCGAGUUCACAAAGCGUGGCGCAAAGCUCAUUGGCCUCUCCGCUAAUACCGUCGAGAGCCAUGGAGGAUGGAUCAAGGACAUCGAUGAGAUCUCGGGGAGCAACCUCAAGUUUCCCAUCAUUGGCGACAAGAGCCGCGAAAUCGCCUACCUGUACGACAUGAUCGACCACCAAGAUAAGACCAAUGUCGACUCCAAGGGCAUCGCCUUCACGAUCCGCAGUGUCUUUAUCAUCGACCCCAAGAAGACCAUCCGUCUCAUCCUUUCCUACCCUGCCUCCACUGGCCGCAACACCGCCGAGGUAUUGCGCGUCCUCGACUCCCUGCAGACUGGAGACAAGCACAGGAUAACCACACCCAUCAAUUGGGUUCCUGGUGACGAUGUAAUCGUCCAUCCCAGCGUCAAGAACGAGGACGCCAAGACACUCUUCCCCGAGUUCCGCAUCGUCAAGCCCUACCUGCGUUUCACCCCUCUUCCAAAGGAGAAGACUACUGCCGCUUAG